CGAAAACCCAUUGUUCAACCAAAGCGCGGGAGAUGAUGAUGGAGGUGUCUCCGGGAAAGACACAGCUUGGAAGCGAUAGCAUUAACGCGGCCAAGAAGGACCAUGAGGCUACCGCUGAAGAUGACGAGAUGACCCACACGGAAGACUUGGUGUUCUCUCCAUAUGUGUGCCAGUCCAUCGUCAUCGGCCAACCCCAUCCCGGAACCAUUUCUGAAGCAGCGCUGCUGUCGACGGCGCCAUUGCCGCCAUGCACAUAUCCCGUCGAUGCGUUUCCAACGGAAUUGAUCGAGCAUGGGAAGCUGACAAACUUGCAGCUCGAAGGUGUGUUGUAUGCGUGCAUGCAGCAUCAACGCGUUCUACCCAGUGGCGCGCGCAGUGGAUUUUUCCUUGGGGAUGGGACUGGUGUGGGAAAGGGAAGGCAGUUAGCCGGUAUUGUGUUGGAAAAUCUGUGCCGUGGUCGCAAGAAACACCUGUGGUUUAGCGUGUCGAAUGACUUGAGAGUCGAUGCCGAGCGGGACUUACGAGACAUUGGAUGCCACGUGGACGUGAUUGACGGGUGCCACCAACUGGAGAAAGAAAAGGCCAAGGGGUUUGGCAUGUCGUCCAAAACAGGCGUCUUGUACAGCACGUAUUCGACGCUAACGUCCAACUACAGCCAUCCCACCAAAUCCAGAUUGCUUCAAAUCGUAGCCUGGUGCGGCGGCGCGAACUUUGACGGGUGCAUUCUCUUCGACGAGUGCCACAAGGCCAAGCAUGGCGAGCUCAGCGACAAAAGUGCCACUGCGUCGUCCAAAAUCGCGUUAGCCGUACAAAAAAUCCAAGUCAUGCUGCCCAACGCCCGCGUCGUGUACUGCAGCGCCACUGGCGUCGGCGGCAUCGAGCACAUGGCGUACAUGUCUCGUCUAGGACUGUGGGGCCCAUCGACGUCGUUCCAGGGCUUUAGCGAGUUUCUGCGCACAAUCAAAAACCGAGGCAUGGGCGCCAUGGAAAUGCUGGCCAUCGAAAUGAAGCUUCAAGGAAAGUACUUGUCGCGGGGGCUGAGCUACGUUGGCGCCGAGUUUGAACUCGACACGGUGGUCCUGAGUGAUUCCCAACGGCGCCUGUACGACAACGCGGUCGCGUUUUGGAAUGUUUUGAUCCCGUCCCUCGAACGUGCGUGCAACAUUACACGCACCCGAGGCGACGCUUCCCGAGUGAUGUGGGGAUUCCACCAGCGCUUCUUUCGCCAAUUAUGCAUGUGCUUGAAGGUACCGUUUAUUGUAUCCACGGUCAAAGCCUGUUUGGCCUCGGGGCACUGCGCCGUCAUCGGACUUCAAACCACGGGCGAAGCAAGCAUGGAGCGAUGCAAUCUCGUCGACUCCAAAACCGACUCGUUGGUGUCACUAUGCGAGCGAAUUUUAAUCGAUUUGGUCACAUUGCAUUUCCCCACCAAGAUCAACAUGGACAAGCCCAACAACGUCCACGCCACGUCGCUCGACACAUUCGAACCGACCAACUCGUUUUUGACGGCCACCACCGAUUCAUUCCAAGCCGAACAAGACAUCGGACCCGUCGCGACGUUGGCCGACGGAACCAAGGAGAGCUUGGUGUGUUUGGAAUUGAAAAACUCGCUGCUUGCGACAAUUCCCACGUUGGAAUUGCCCCCGAAUCCGCUGGAUCACCUGCUGGAUGCGUUGGGGGGAGACGCCCAAGUGGCAGAACUGACGGGUCGACGGCAUCGCAUCGUGCUGUCCCACGGGGCGUACGUGAUGAAGUCUCGUGGGUUGAACCUAGACCAAGUGAACCAAGACGAACGCCAAGCGUUCAUGCGCGGCCAAAAGUUGGUGGCCAUCAUCUCGGAUGCGGCGAGCACUGGAAUUUCGUUGCAUGCUGACAGACGGUGCCAAAACCAACGGCGCCGAGUCCACAUCACGUUGGAGUUGCCUUGGAGUGCGGACAAAGCCAUUCAACAGUUGGGACGAAGCCAUCGGUCCAAUCAAUCUUGUGCGCCGAUUUACAAACUCGUGACGACGAAUUGCGGGGGCGAAACGCGAUUCGUUGCCGCCGUCGCCAAGAAAAUGAUGACGAUGGGGGCGCUGACCAAGGGCGAUCGCCGCGCCGGCAGCGGGCAAGACCUGUCAGGGUACCAUUUCGAGACCAAGUACGGGUUUCAAGCGAUCCGAGAAGUGCUUCGGUGUGUGUGCAGCGGGUACUUUGUCGAGGGGGUGGACGUCCCGGCCUUGAUCCAGGCGUGUCCAAGUCUCGUGUCGCCACUGUACAUGAACGCCAUCUUGGUUCAAAACCUCAAGAACAUUGGCUUGUACCCACCAUCGCAGUCGGUGUCUGUCAAGUUGUUCUUGAACCGCCUGCUUGGCCUUGCCCCAACGCACCAAAAUGCCUUGUUCCAUUACUUUGAAAAGGCCUUGCAAGCUGUGAUUGCCAAAGCCCAGCAAGAAGGCAAGUACGACGAAGGGUACGACGACAUCAAGGGACGAAAGGCCAUGCUCAUGAACGAAGCGGACAUUGGAAGCAACGUCACGUACUCGCACAUUCUUGUGGACCGAGGGAUCAGCUGGGACGAAGCACUUUCGAUUUACGACAACGUGGCCAGCGAGUACCAAGCCGAGUUUUACAUGAGCGACCAAAAGUACUUUGGCGAAUACUUGUACAUGUUGAUGAUCACGGGCGGCCGAUCGUGCUCGGUCAUUCGACCCAACACGGGGUACAUGUUUCUGGAGCCGACCAAGAUUGACGACAUGCGCGACAAGUACUCGACGAUUACAUCGGACAAGGCCGAGCGCGGCUGGAAACGUAUCUUUGACCAUUGCGAGUCUCGGUGUGUUCACACAAGCGGCUGCAAACAAGGCGAGACCUGUCGCGUGGGCAUUCGCAAACUGCAGUACCAUCUCGUCAGCGGGUCAUUGUUGCCUAUUUGGAAAGUCCUCGAGCACCUCGUCACGGGGCAAACAGACGUACACACCAACAGCAACAGCGCCGCCCUGCGCAUCGUCCGCAUCACGCUCACAAACUCUGCCAAACAAAAGCUGGUCGGUGUCAACUUUCCGCCCGACUUGAUCUCUACCUUGCAAGCCACGCUCAUGACGCUGGCGGCCAACACGAGCACCCAUGUCGACCCCGUGACUCCCAUCGACAUGAAAACCAAAGAGCGCGUGUGCCAAGCCAAGCGCACCAUGUUGACCUUCUUUGCGCCCCAACCUGGCGCUGCCUCGUCGUCAUCCAAGCGACAACGUGUGGACGAAACCCCAGCAACUGUGGGUACUUCAACGACGUCACAGCCGUCGUCCAUGACACCAGCAGCCAAGAGCGGCCGUGAGUUCAAGAAGGCAUCGCCCCCGACAAAACAGCGCCCUGUAUCGGCAUAUUUUGCCCCGAGCAUCAUCCAUCCCGUCGCCGCCCCGCCGCCAGUCAAGACGGUACUACACACAUCAGACUCGUGCAUCGAUUUGGUUAGCAGCGACGACGAAUUGUAAUCAGAAGCCCCCCCCCGCGCCAUCUUCUCAUUCGAAUGCCAUUGGUUAACGUUCCUUUCUAACGUUGUUAUUAAUCCUGGAUUCUGACGGCAGAGUUGGCACAACGCGGUGUGUGUUUG